UAGUGUGAAGUAGACUGUAGUGUGUUAGAGGUGGUUACAUCGUGCUCUCUCCAGUUACUCUAAAGAUGAAGCUACUCCUGAUAUUUUUCACACUAUCAUGCAUUAAGGACACCAGUGCUCAGAUUCAGCAUAUAGAUAUUCAGUUAAGUGGAUGCACUGAGUCAGAUAAGGAGUUUGAGAUGGAACAUGAUGAAGAGGAAAUAUUUCACUCAGAUUUUAAAAAACAAGGUCUGGUGAUGAAGUUACCUGAUUUUGCAGACCCUAUAGAUUGGCCUGGUCUUUAUGAGUACAGUAUCUCAGAGCAAGAGAUUUGCAAACACAACCUUGGUGUAGCAGUGACUUCCUACAAAAAGCCACCAGAAGCUCUCGAUGCCCCACAAAACUCCAUCUAUCCCAGAGACAAUGUGCGACUCGGUUCAGAAAGCACACUCAUCUGUCAUUCAACACGUUUCUUCCCUCCACCUGUCCGCAUCCGCUGGACCAAAAACGGUGUAGAUGUGACAGAUAAAUCCUCGCUCAGCCAGUUCUACCCAAACAAGGACAACACCUACAACCAGUUCUCCCACCUGCCCUUCACUCCACAGGAAGGAGACGUUUACACCUGCACGGUGGAGCACAAGGCCCUGCAGACGCCCGACACCAAGACAUGGGAGGUGGAUGUGGAGCUUCCUGGUGUGGGUCCGGCUGUGUUUUGUGGAGUGGGUCUGGCUGUAGGACUGCUCGGAGUCGCUACUGGAACCUUCUUCCUCGUCAAAGGAAACCAGUGCAACUGAAAUUAGAGCUCACAUUACUGCUCAGAGGAACUACAAUCUACAAUCUCAAAGUCCUGUAAAGUUUCUUAAUAGUAUCUGAUAAAUUGUUGGAAUGCAUGUCAGUGAAAAUAAUAUUACAGCAUGUGUAGUAACUGUUUAGUAAAGUUUCAUUUAAAAUUAAAAGUGUGUUAGUAGAUGUCACAGGACUUACACUGACCAAUUUUUUAAUGUAUAUUGAUUACAGUUUUUAUUCCUUUACUUUCUUUCCUGACAUGGGCCUUUUUCUUUUAUGUUAUUAUGGAAUCAGUGGAGCAGGCAGUGAAGCAAUGAAAAAGGUUCACACUAAACUCAUUCCAUAAAUUCCAUAAAAAUUCCAUAGAUUCCAUAAAAACACUGUUUGUAUUUUUUUUCCAGAAUUUAUUAAAACCUUUGAGGGUUUAUCAUGCUGAAUAAAUCAGUAAAGCUAUUUAAAAUCUCCACAUUAAA